AUGUCUCACAACAACACGACCGUGUUCUUAUUCACGGUGCAAGGCAUAUUGGCUUCACUGACCUGUGGACUGUGCUGCUUAAUAUAUGCAUACUGUUGCAACACUAAAAAUGAACGAAAUAGGAAUAAAAGAACUAUAUCGAAGGUAAACGGAGAUACCUACAGUGAGAGUGGAACCAGUGCCUUCAAAAAAAGUAAGGUCGAGAAAGAAGCGGGAAGUAAGAGUGUCCAUGAAGAUGCGUCAACUCACCUAGAAAACGGCGCAGAUGGGGCAAGCAAUACAAAAUCAGAGAGGAACCCGCCAAGAUCUGGUAACGGCAGCGGAACGAGCCACACUGACAAUUAUUGUAAGCGAAAUGGGAGUGCAAAAUACGAUAGGGACGGCACCAUCCUACAGAAAAAGUCCAUCCAAGGAAAUUAUUGCCACAGAACAGACAGGAAGAUGGAAUCAGGUUUAUCCAAUCAGAAAAACGCUGAAAUGGAUAAAUGCAAUGAUGAGGAAGCAAGAUCAAGUAGAAGCAACUGUGAAGGAAUACCCCUAAACAUGAGAAAUGUAAACGAAUAUAAGGAUCCCUCGUUGGUAGGUAUAAUUCCCAGGCAUAAUUCUCCACCGUACGAUGGCUCUAUAACCGAAAAAAAUCGAAAGUAUGAAAAUGCCCAUAAUGAGGGAGCAGGAGGAAGUGACAUGCGCUCCAAUUGGAGUAUUGAACGUAAAGAUAAAUUCGAGAGUAACUCAGAAAAUAUGAUAAGACUGGUUGUGCCUCCAAACAGAUGCCAGGCAAGAAGUGGCGAAGAACAAAAUGAGCGGCUAGCAAUAUCCAACGAUUGUAGGAACAAAUUUAAUCCACACAGUGUAAAUUCGCACAUAUCGCCCAAUGAUUAUGGGAGAGAGGAUAACAACAGAAUUGUGAAGAUAAUCCAACCCGGGGAAAAAAAGAUACUCAGUAGGAACAACAAUAUGAGUAUUACUGUCAACAGGGUUGAAGCAAAAAAUAGGGCCAUAUGUGGCCUUACACAGAAGGACGCCGCUCAGGUGGCCGUAGAAAGGGCAGACCAUCAUGCCUAUAGUAGGACUGUUCUGGACAGACAAAUGGCAUACUACCCCAACGAAGAAGUUUUCAGAGUCAAGUCGGAGACAUUGAUUCGGAGUUAUCCAGGCCACGGUGGCGCCAGCAGAAGUGAGCAGAAUGGCAUGCAUCCAAAUUGCCCCGAAGGGUACGCAGCCAGGAGUAAUAUUUCCCCAGAAGGGCGGACAGUCUGGAAUAGAAAUUGCCCAGAAGCGCCCUCAGGCAGGGGAAGAAACCUCCCCGAAGCACACAAACAUUUUACACAUCGCACAAUGAACGGUUGUGAAAUUUCUGAAGACGAAGAAGAGAAAGAGAAAUGGGAGCACCCCGAACAUAUGCACAAUUAUACUCCCUCGAAAUGUAUGAACUUUUCGCAUGACGAAGGAAGCACGAAUAGGGUAUUUGUAAAAUGUGAAAAAAAUGUGCUGCACAGUGUGGAUAAGAAUGUUCCCAAUAGUAGGGAACAUCCAAGUGUAGAAAGGAACAACCGCGUAGUCCCAGUGACCCACAAGGAGCAAACACAGCCAGGUUCAUCAGAAUACAAUACGUAUAAUAAGUACAACGAUUUUUCUAUGUAUAAUACUCUUUAUAGGAAGAGGAAGCCAUUACAUGAUAUGUCACACUUCAAUAAUGGGAAGGAAAUUAGAAAUAUUAUUGAAAAUGGUAGGGUAAAAGAAGCAGGUACCCUUUCAUACGAUAACGACAAGGCGACUUGCGACAUGCACUCUGUUAGCAACAAUGCUGGAGAAACUACCCUUACGAUUGGCAAUGUCGGCCAUUACCAUGAAGAGAAGGGGUUCAACACCAGGGACCUUCAUUUGUCAAAUGGUAUGUCCACAAAAUUGAUAAAUGGAGAGAGGACAAAAAGUGCAGCCUUAUAUGGAUUAGCUUAUAACCAAGGCGAUAAUGUUAAUAGAGGUGAAGGUGAGGAGACGUCCCCAGAAGGAAGUUCCACCCGUUUGAGGAGCUUGACAAGGGCGCAAGAUUUUGCAUCCAAAGGGAGAAACACAGACCGGGAGGGAGAAACAUCACAGGGGAAUAGGAACAACCAAGGUGGUAACAAUGAUAUCAAUAAUGACAUCCGUGGCAACCACAGAAGCAAACACAACAACAAUGGGGAGAAUCGUACAGGUGGAGCCAGGUAUUACACCAGGGGGAAGAGCAAGGACAGCACGAUCAACAGAAACGCCCAUGAUAAAGUUGGCAGAAACGUCUGCAGCAUAAUCCAUGCAGUUGAAAUGGACACGAAAGUACCCAGAAACAGUUGCCUCCACACGAACAAAACGCAAGGCGAUGUUAACAAUUGCACACAUUGUUCCCCUUUAGAUGAAGACAAAAUGGAAAAUCGAAAAAAGAAACAUUACUACCAAUUCCCACGUGACUAUCGCAUGGGAAUCACAGAAUGUCUACCAUGCAAAGAAGGAACACAUAUAUUUGACAGAAAUAAUAACUGCCCCUCUGUUGGAAAUUGUGCAAAACAGAGAGAUAAUAAAGGAAAGAAUGUAUACUUAAAAAAGCGCUUUCCUCAGGAGCAUGUCUGCUUACCUGUCUGCAAUAGCAAGAGUGGGUGCCCGGACUGCAAAGAAAAGAUAAGUGUCAACAAUGAAUCCUUUUUCCACUCAAAUAAGUUUGAGAAGAACACUGAGGUGCGUGACAUUAAUGAUAACUUUUCACAGAACAUUUCGUACAAUGAGCGUCUAUUCAAUAUGACCAAACGGCUUCAACAGGGCAGAGGGGAUAAAAUGGUAACUAAGAGUGAAUUCAGCGAUGAUAUUUACCCCUUAACAGAUGACUACGCUGAUUACGAUGGGGUGGGGAGUAGUCGAAGAGGGGGCAGCAGAAGUGGCAAUGCAAGCGGCGUUCGAAACCGAAAUGUAAGCAGCGUUCAAAGCGAAAAUGUAAGCAGCGUUCUAACCAGGAAUGUAGGCAGCGUUCAAAGAGGAAAUGUAGGCAGCGUUGGAAGCGGAAACGUAAGCAGCCUACUCAACGGAAGCAUAAACUCGGGCGAACGAUGCGCCAAUGACGAACAAAAGGGACACCCCAACAAAAAGGGCGAGACGGCGAUCCCUGUCCCAGUCCCCAACGAUGAAGCAGCGGGUGGCAGAAAACGCAGCACGAAGGGUACCAAAAAAAGAGGAACCAACUCCAAAGAAGAAACGGACAACCAGUCAAACACACCAUUAUUGACGGAAGAGUACAAACGGAAGUUAAGACAAAAGGAACCAAGCGAGUACAAGAGCAGCCAAGAUAUUAACCAAAUAAUACAUGCCUAUUUGCAAAACUCGAAGAAGGAAUAUAAUUAUAGAAGGUCAGAUAAAUCAGAUACAGAAAUUAAUAACGUGACAGAUAAGUGCACCCACGAGGGGAUGGAUUCUCGUGAGGAUGUGAGCCCAACCAGAAAGAGAAACAAAAAGGAUUCAAAUGAUAACAUGCCUUAUAACUCCUGUCGCACAAAGGUGGUUGGCAAUAAAAAAGGAAAAAAUCAAGGGCAUAACGAGGUGAAUCUGGCGGAGGGGGAAAGAACCAACAGUAAGAGGUCCACUUCACCAGGGAACAAACACGAGAAGAACGAACAGACCGACCAAGAGGAAAAACUCGCGGAGGAAGACACCUCGACACAUAGAGAUCCAAUUGAAAAUAAAAACAUACGCGUGAAACGCGAAAAAAGGGACAGCAAGGUGCUUAUUAAGGAGGAAAAAGAACUCCCCAGUGGGAGCCAAACGGUAAGGAGAAGCGCCAGAAUGAAGAGCCAAAAAUAUAAAAAAAAAAGAAAUAGCACUGACAGUGAUAUGCAUGUAGAUACCCAAAAUGAGCAAGAAGAGCUGAAAAGUGAAAGUAGUAAAAAAAAGCAAAACAGUGUAAAUGCCGAUAACCAAGUGAUGGAGAAAAGAAAAAAAAAAAUGUCCAAAACGAAGACGAUGGAAUUAAAAAUAUUCAGAGAUAAAAGCGCAUUAAAAGAAAAAGAAAAUCUAAGAAGGACGAAUGAAAAAUAUCAAGAGAUUGAUGAGUACAGAUGUGCAUCAGGAUUCGUAAACUUCAUAAUUGAACAUAUACAAAAAAAAAAAGACAAGGAAAACUUUGAUGAUUUAUUAAAAUAUAUUUUAAAAUUAAUAAAUAUUUAUAAAAUUAAAACCAUCGAUUUUGUGGAAUCCUUUUUGCUACUCGAAACGAUCAGUGUGGACAUAAUCAGGGAAUACCCAAUUGAGGAGUGGAUCUUGGUGACCUUUCAUUUCCUUAAAGGAAAUGCAACAGAACAAAACUUUAAUUUGAUUAUUAAAUCGCUAAAGUUAAACAGCUUAGUGAUUGGCAAUGUCACAGCUUCGUUUUAUAUGAACAAGAAGACCAUCAGAAUGACGGAGAAAAAUAUGAACAGAAUUCUCACCAUUUUGUCAAACGUUGUGCGGAGAAGAUCCUCCAGGAUUAAAACGUUUAACCGACCGAACCCAGACAAGAAGGACAAGAAGGCGAAGGAGGAUCAACAGAAGGAUGAGCUUUUAGGCUCCUGCUGGCAGCCAGUUGAGGGGGGCGCGCAGGGGAAGUAG